CACCAGGGCCGUCUGGAUAAGACCACCAGUGUUGCCAUGAAGUCGGGGGGCACGCAGCUCAAGCUCAUCAUGACAUUCCAGAAUUAUGGGCAAGCACUGUUCAAACCCAUGAAGCAGACGAGGGAGCAGGAGACGCCCCCUGACUUCUUUUAUUUCUCUGACUACGAGAGGCACAACGCAGAGAUCGCUGCCUUCCACCUGGACAGGAUCCUGGACUUCCGCCGGGUCCCUCCGGUGGCCGGCAGGAUGGUCAACAUGACCAAGGAAAUCCGGGACGUCACGAGAGACAAGAAGCUGUGGAGAACCUUCUUCAUCUCUCCAGCCAACAACGUCUGCUUCUACGGCGAGUGUUCCUACUACUGCUCGACGGAGCACGCGCUGUGUGGGAAGCCUGACCAGAUCGAGGGCUCCCUGGCGGCCUUCCUGCCAGACCUGUCCCUGGCCAAGAGGAAGACGUGGCGGAACCCCUGGCGGCGCUCCUACCACAAGCGCAAGAAGGCAGAGUGGGAAGUGGACCCCGACUACUGCGAGGAGGUAAAGCAGACGCCCCCCUAUGACAGCAGUCGCCGUGUGCUGGACGUCAUGGACAUGACCAUUUUUGACUUCCUCAUGGGGAACAUGGACCGUCAUCACUACGAGACUUUUGAGAAGUUUGGGAAUGACACAUUUAUCAUCCACUUGGACAACGGAAGAGGGUUUGGAAAAUAUUCCCACGAUGAGCUGUCCAUUCUGGUGCCUUUACAGCAAUGCUGCAGGGUCAGGAAGUCCACCUACCUGCGGCUGCAGCUCCUGGCCAAGGAGGAGUACAGGCUGAGCCUGUUGAUGGCAGAGUCCCUGAGCAAGGACCGCGUGGCCCCCGUCCUGUACCAGCCUCACCUGGAGGCCCUGGACCGGAGGCUCCGCAUCGUGCUGCAGGCCGUCAGGGACUGUGUGGAGAAGGACGGGCCGCACAGCGUGCUGGAGGACGACCUGGGCCCUGAGCACAGAGUCCCCCCCCGCAGGUAGUGACCGAGAGCCGCCGGCCUGCCACGGAGGAGGGACACGUGCGUCCACACCCUGCGUUCAGUGACUUUGGGAACAGACAGGCCACUCCCAGAGUCCGGGAACCUUCGGCGGUGGGUCCGACAGGACACGUCGUAUUCGUCCUCGAGACCGGAGGAGGUUGGGGAGCGGGCGCUCUGUGCUCACGGACGGAGGCGGCCUGGCGGCGGGGGCGACCCACCUUUUUUGUAUGGAAAGGAAGCGUUUAUGUACUAUUUUGUAUUUAUACGUGGCGUGUAUGUGCAUAGACAGAGAGCGACGCCCACACCCACGGACGCCAGCCCAGCUACCAAAUGCACACGAGGGGGCAGAGCCCACGGGGCUGGCCUCUCCCACCAAGUUUGCUCACAUCUGGACCUAACUUGAAAUAAACUCCCGCCUCCCCUCCUUCCUGGGGGCCCUGCAGCCGGACGGCCGACCGUCCCAUCUCGGUGCCCGGGGGGCUCCUGAUGGAACCACGGGCUGGUCGACAGACUCCUGGCUCCAGAGUGACGUAAAUGACCACGUCUUCCAUUUCUCAGAGCCGCUCGGCAGCCCCGGGGACGCUCCCCGGCCGCUGAGGGUGCUGCUGCUGUUCUGACUUUGCUCUGAUGGUUGUGUAAAUACGUCACACGGGCCCCUCCGCGGGGCUCAGCAACAGGCUUAAUUUUGCAGCAUUUUUGUGGAAUAGAUUGCAAUGUGGUAAAAGUGCAAUAAAAAUACAGCAAAUGUG